AUGAGUCUCAAACACGAUCACAAAACCAGCUCCCAAGAAGGGAGCCAAGAAAGCCUUAAAGAAACCGGUAGCGAAAGGCGGCGAAGGUUGAGGAAGGAGAGUUACUCCAUCUACAUCUACAAAGUGAUGAAGCAGGUUCACCCCGACACCGGCAUCUCAUCUAAGGCCAUGAGGAUCAUGAACUCGUUCGUGAGCGAUAUUUUCGAGCGCAUCGCGGGUGAGGCUUCCCGCCUGGCCCAUUACAACAAGCGCAGCACCAUCAGCUCCCGGGAGAUCCAGACCGCCGUGCGCCUGCUGCUGCCCGGGGAACUGGCCAAGCACGCCGUGUCGGAAGGGACAAAGGCGGUGACCAAGUACACCAGCUCCAAGUAAAACCCCCCAACUGACUGAAAAACACAUUCACAACACAACGGCUCUUUUAAGAGCCAC